GGGGCGCGGGCGCCAUGGACCCGUUCCUGGUGCUGCUGCACGCGGUGUCGGCCGGGCUGUCGCAGGCCGAGCUCCAGGAGCUCAAGUUCCUGUGCGGCGGCCGCCUGAGCAAGCGCAAGCUGGAGGCCGUGCGCAGCGGCCUGGACCUCUUCUCGGCGCUGCUGCAGCAGGAGGCGCUGGGCCGCGACAACCCGGCGCUGCUGCGCGAGCUGCUCGCCUCGCUGCGGCGCCACGACCUGCUGCGGCGCCUGGACGCCUUCGAGGCGGGCGCGGCGGGCGCGGGGCCGCCGGAGGAGCGAGACCUGCAUGCGGCAUUUGACAUCGUCUGUGACAACGUGGGGAAGGACUGGAAAAAGGUGGCCCGACAGCUGAGGGUGUCUGAUGCCAAGAUCGAUGCCAUCGAGGAGAGGUACCCCCGAAACCUGACCGAGAAGAUCAGGGAGGCGCUGAGAGUCUGGAAGAACGCCAACAGGGAGGACGCGACCGUGUCCCUCCUGGUGACGGCGCUCAGGGCCUGCCGCCUGAACCUGGUGGCCGACCUCGUGGAGGAGGGCCAGGCCCAGGGCCUCCAGGACGAGAACAAGAGUGGCGCUGGCUUCCCGGGGUCCUGAGGCCCGGACUCCCCCGCCCUGGGAACCCCCAGGAGCUCUCCCCAGGGCCCAGAGGGCCUCUGCGCCAAGUGACCGAGGGCCCCGUGUGCCCAGCCUGUGAAAACCCAGCGUGAGCCCCGGCCACCUCGCCUCAGAGCCACCCUCUGGCCCCUCAGUCGGCCUUACCAGCAGGGGUGGGGGCGCGGCAGGUGCUCCUCCUGGGGAAGGAAGUCACAUCACGAGUGUGUGCCUCCCACGGGAGCGUGCCCCGGAGCCAUGUCCAGCGUGUGGGAAGAAUCUGAACGCACCCUUGUCACUGUUACCCUGUGGGAAACAGGCGCGGGAGCCAGGGGCAAGUCGGGGUAGGCAGGAAUGGGGGUGACGUCCACACCUGCAGCCAUGGCAUCGCUGGUCGAGACUUGAGGGCAUCGGUCUGGGCCUGAGGGGCUGGGGACGGUCUGUGAGCCGGGCUCCCCAGACCGCAACUGGCCAGAGAGGCCGGCGGGGGUGGCGCCCUCCUGACGUUCCCGCAGGCGUCACGCGUGAGUCCUGUGAUUCCGCAGCUUGAUCGCUGUUGGUGUCAAGAUCACUACUUUCUGAUGACAGAAUCGCCGAAGCAGCUGCAUCCUGUAACCAAACAAGGCACCUUCCUGCCGCCCAGGGGUUUGUCACCCAAUUAAAGAAGUGCCUUACAGGGACCUUCCCAGCCACACAGAAUUUUCCAUUCCUGCCAAUGACUUUUUUUCCUGGUGUCCUCCGCAGCCCCGCUGCUGGGCCGCGCCAUUCAGCCGGUGCCGAGCGCCCGGUGCGUGGACAGGGCGGCUGUGUCCCGAGAGCCCUGCUCUCCACUGAGGGCGCGCCUCCCUCGCCUGCCGGCCUGCCCCCCAGGGUGCUGCGCCCGUGCUGGCCAGGCCGCUGAGCGCAGCCGUGCCCUCUGGGCCCCUCCACAGGCUCUCCAGUGCCAGAUGCCAGCCACAGCAGGAGCCCAGACACAGGUGCCCCUGCUCUGAGCCCUCGGCCCAGGGGGAAUGGUGUUGACCAAGCUAGGUAUUUGGGGUGCUGCGUUUUCUGUGCGUCCUGUCCGCCCACCCGCCACCUCCAGUCAGGGCUGGGCCUGUCCCUGUAGACACGUCACCCCAUACAUGGAGGCAGCUGGGCUGGGAAGUCGGCUUCCCGGGAGCGCGCUUAAACGGGCCAGGAAAGAAAGACAAGUAUUGGCGCGAACCUGUGGCUACCCGUCCUGGGACCCCAAAACCAGGCACUGGGCUCCCCCCAGCGCCUGAAGUCCCCCAACCUGCCCUUGCUGCCCUCAACACAGUCUUCUUCCUCCCCAGCACCCCCAGGCCUCACCCCAAGCUACCCACUGGGCGCUUGGCUCCCUCAGGCCCGGCCAGAGGGCUUAGCUGGUCCUUCCUCUGGCCACUGCCUCGGGCUCCUCCCUCGCACACACCCCCACCUCACUGGGGCCCCCAGGAGCUCAGGUCCCCUCACCCCACCAGCCCCACCUCAUCUCUCCAGCCUGGAUUGCUGCAGGGGGCAUUGUUGCCAGAUAGGAUGCUGACAAGCAGCAAAGAGAAAGGGCCUCACACCGUGGGGCCGAAGAUUCCCUUGUGCCUCACACCGUGGGGCUGAAGAUCUAACAUCCCUUCACUUUUUGUUCUUGGUCAUAAAAGGAGAAAAACUUCCCAAAAGGUACAUCAGGCACUACAUUAUAUACGUCAAUAUACAGUAAAUAAACAGCUUGGAUAAUUACCUCUUAAAAACUAAUUAUUAAACAAUUUGGCCCACUUGACAAUGGGGGAUGGUUUACUAAACAUGCCUGACAAGCGUUGCAAUACAACUAUUAUUGUAGGUUCUUUUUUGCCUUCCCUUGAAGUUUCUUGGGAAAGUUUUUAAAUGAAGCUAUUUGAGUUAAGAAGUUUCUAGGUAGAGGAAGUUCUGAUAGCUGAGUAGCAGCCGGCCCCUGGUGUGAAGGCCAUGAGAAUAAGAAACGUUCUUUCUUUGCUUAGGCUUUAGCUGAUGGGAAUGUUCCGGUGGCUAUCAAUUGUGUUGGGCUAUUGUUUAGCUGAAACAAUGAAUUUUAGUGUAAGACUUAGUUUUUUAUUAACCUUGAAGGUUGCCUUUUUGCUGAGAGCUCGGAAAAGGAGAUGCACUAAUUGUUUCUGCUUUGUUUCUAUGAACUUGAUAAUGUAAUCUCAAUGCUUGCAAAAAACGUAUAAAUAAAGAACCUGCUGAGCCUUUCGGCAGAAGAUACUAACACCUCACCAAGUGUCGGUGUCUUCUCAUUCCCUUCCCCUCAGUCCCUAAGUUUCAGAUCAUUCGUAUUCGCCGAUGCCUCUCAUCCUUUCAGGAACCCUGACACGACAUUUUGCCGGAGGCUGGUCCCCGGCAAGUGGCCCGAAGCAGAGACUUGAAAGGUAAGAUUUCUUUCCCGUGCGGGACGGCUAGGAUCUGCUCCAUAGGGUAGGGCACAUACCCUCCUGUAGAGGAAGCAGGUUUGGGGGAGCAGAAAGUCAGAACUGUAAUAAGGCUAGUGGGUGUCUUAUUACGUGAUAAGGCGAGUGAGUGUCUUAUUGUUGAGAAGCAUUGGGCCAUACUGAGUCUAAGGAAAGAGGACUCUUUAUUGAUAUAAGUAUACUUGUUAAGAGAGGCCUUAAGACCUCUCAUGCGCAAUUGGCUAGUUUCCUAAAUUUUGUUGAGAUUUGUCCUUGGUUUCCAAAAGAUAGAAGAAAAUUACGGCUAUCUGCAUCCCUAAAGGACAUUAAAGAGGACUCAGCUGACAGCCCUGUAUUAACAAAACAGUUGCCUGAACAAAUAGAUCGUUUUUUGCCUGGCUGGAGGUAAAAUGAAAGAUGCAAAACAAAAGGUAAAAGAAAAAAUAGCCUGCAGUAUUAGAGAAAGUGAUCAGGAUUCUUGGGAUAGUGAAAUUGUUUUUCAAAAGCCAAAAGUUGAUUCUAGAGCCAAUACUGACCUCUUUGCAGAGGCAUCGGCUCCCAAUUAUGAGACCAUUCCAAAAUCCAGCCCAAAUUUCCAGCCUGGACUUGGCUAAAAUUGUUAAGAGAUAAAAAUAAAAACUCAAAAACAAGUAAGAGAUAAUGUGUCAUGAUCCUAAAUGAAAGAAAAAUAUGCUCCAAUCUUUUCCUGUUAAUUAUUUGGGGAGGAGGCUAGGUUCCCCCUGGUGGAGUUUUGCCAUUUGUUUCUUUUAAAAUAAAUAAAUAAGGUAUUUCUAAAUAAUAGCAUUCAAAGUUCAUUCACAAUUAGUAAAGUGAUAGAAAAUGGUUAAAUAUGACUAUGUAAGAUUAUAUAACUAUAAUAUGACUAAAAGGUUUUUAUUAAAAUAUCAUAAACCCACUGCGGUGGACAGGUGGGGGCUGCCCUUGAUCUCAGCAAGCAGCUGCCUGGACUUUUUCUCCGGUGUUGAGAUCACUGGCAGGUCUCUACUGCCUUCCGGCUGUGGGGGACUGAACUUUUCUAUUGUCCACCUUAAAAAAUUAUUUUGGUUCAUUCUACAAAAAUAGUUCUAUUUCCCUGUGUUUCUCUGAUUUUAAAGUCUAAAUUGUCUUAGGCAAAAACUAUUGAGUUACUUUUGACUUGCUAACAAGCUAUAUAGAAUACUUAUUGGUUGAAUAAAAGCUUUUAAAUUUACUUAUUGGAACUGUAAAAGGUUAAGUUUCUUGUUAAAACUAAUUAACCUGGUAAAGUAUAAAGUGAUAAUACAGACAUUUUUGAGCUAAAUUCUAAACCUCAGUAUCUUCACACAUAUUGGUAAAAUAACUAUAUUUUAAAAUAUAUGCACAUGGCCAAAAAUUUAUAUGUCUAUCAAGAGAUCUCUGUGUCUGUUUGUGUCUGUCUUUGUAUUUUUGUUUUGUUUUGUUUUUUACCUCCGGAGGACUAGUUAUAAAAGGCGCCUAUAUAAGUUCUAAUAAAAACAAAUUUUGAGAUCAUAAUCCAAAUUUUUAAUAUACAAAAACUAGUUCAAAUUUUAUGAUAUAAUUCAAAGCAUAUAUGCCUUAAAGUUAUGUUAAAUAUUAAUAAUCUACUCUGUGUAAAUGUAUCUUUAAAGUAUUUUCCUUUCCUUGACUAAAAACAUACAUAUAUGCAUAUAUGUAUGUAUAUGUAAAAUUUUUUUUGUCAUAUUAACUUUACCAAGUGCAACUAAGCUAUACUGUUUUUAAGUCAAUUUUAGUAAUCUGCUAUGUUUAGAGUAGCAUUUUGGGGUUGUGAACACACAAAGCACCUCCUUAUGUUCUGGACUACUGAAAAAAAAAAAAACUCCAUCAUGAUUUGUUGAAAGUUUCAGUAAUGUCUGAAGAAAAGAGGAAGGAAAUUGAUGACUGAUGGUUAAUUAAAAAAGAAGGGAAGGGAGAGUAGUUUUGUCUUAAAAUUAAAGUGUCUGGUUGUGCCAGAAUGUGGAGGAAUAGAGAAAAAAGCUAAAAUUGAGGGUAUGUAGUAAGUUGUAGAAGGUUUGAGGGAAGUGAAUUUUAUUUGCCUUGAUUUAUAAAACCUGCAAAUAAUGGGUUUGAAGAAAAACAAUGAUAUGUGUUGGAAAUUUGGCUGUAUUACAUUAUUUGAUCAAUUUAUUCAUUUGAUGGAAAAAAGACUAAUUAAUGCUAAAUCUUGCUUUCGUGUGGCCACACAGACCAUUUCAGUGAAGUUGUCAACAUUGUGGUGCUGGACUAAACCGGUGCCUUCAUGGAAAUUUUGUGUUGUUGUUUCUGUUGUUUUUCUGAUCUUUGUGGCAGGGCUUCCUGGGGGUCUGAAUUCAGUUUCGAAUCUGGUGGUCUGUCAUUUGGCUGAUGCAAGGAAAUUUUGUGGAACCUCAGUAGAGCUCCUGAGACACUCCACAAGGUUUCUCCCUUUCCUCUGGGGAAAGGUGUUAAAUAUAUUUGUUCUAUUUGGCUUACCUAGUGAAGUAAAACUGGAAAGGAAACAUUGUCACUUGGGAAAAUGAUAAAACUUUGGCAUGUACAGAAAUGUUAACACUGGUUUUCUAAAAUGUGUAUAAAAACCCCUCAGUACCUGAUAUGUAUGUAAAUUUUCAGUGGUGAUUGUCACCUUGUAAUAUUGUAUACUUCGAUUGUUUAUUGAUUGUUUAUUGUUUAAUUGUUAUUUCAGAAAUUGUUUCUGGAAAAAUAGGGAAAAAACAAAAAACCUCAACGGAUUCCUAUUGAUGGAACUGUUGAGAGUACAAAUUUCCUACACAGGACUGAAUAUACCUGAUAUUUUCUAAGUUUUUUUUUUUUUUUUUUGACAUAAUACUGGUAAAAUUUUUUUGCAUUUUGUUCUGAAUCCACAAAGUUUUCUUGUUUUGGUGACCAUGAUCUGCAGCAAAGUUGCAAUUCUUUUUUCCAGCAAAGCUAACUUGUAUUUGCAUUUUCUCUCCCCUUGAUUCCAACACAGCCUAAAAAUAGUGGUAGUAAUCUUUUACUACUUAGCUCAAAGUCUGUUUUUGCAUAAUUUCCAUAGGGAUCUUGUCUGUUUAUACAAACAAAUUUGGACAUGAGUUUAAUUGUGUGGCUUUGUGUGGAGUUCUUCCAAAAAGUUAAAACAGAGCUGAACCGAGAAGAGGAGAACCUGUUUGCUUUGUUUGUAGGGUUCCAGAAACCUCCAGAGAAGGUGAGGAAGCUUGCCUUCAUUGGCAGGACUGGACAACCCGGCCAACGAAAAGUCCCUGGUACCCUCGUGGAGAGGAAAGCCCAGGUGGAGUCUGAUAACACCAACUUGUUCCAGAAGCCUACAUGGGCCGGAUGCCAACAGUUUGCUCUGAUCGUAUAUGAAGUGUUCCAACAAAGCCAGCUGAAAUUGCUGUUUAGUUAUUCUGCCCUGUGAUUGUAUGCAAAAAUAGGUAAUAUGGUUUAAAAGUAGAUUUAGUUUACAAACUUUUGCUGUGCUGUUGAAGUUUGGGAUCAAGGUUGGGAGAAUUUGUGUUUUACAUAAAUUGAACCAUUUCAAAUUUUUUUUUUCUAAAAUUUUGACAUAUUUGCUGUCUUGUUUUGACUAAUGUCUCUGAAUUUUUUUUUUUUGCUUGGACUGAUGAACUGUUUUUCCAAAAAUGGAGGACUUUUGCUUUCUACAAUGGACAAUACCUGGAGGGACUGAUUUUCUUUCACACUGAAACCCAGUAAAAUUUUCAUCUGAGACUGCAUUCCAACAUCCAUAUAUUCGAUCUUCAUCACCAUGGAAAUGAUGGUCAAAAACAAAAAAGGGGGAGAUGCUGCAGGGGGCAUUGUUGCCCCAGCCAGAUAGGAUACUGACAAGCAGCAAAGAGAAAGGGCCUCACACCGUGGGGCCGAAGAUUCCUUGUGCCUCACACCGUGGGGCUGAAGAUCUAACAUCCCUUCACUUUUUGUUCUUGGUCAUAAAAGGAGAAAAAUUUCCCAAAAGGAACAUCAGGCACUACAUUAGAUACAUCAAUAUACAGUAAAUAAACGGCUCGGAAAAUUAUCUCUUAAAA